AUGGAAGCUACGGUGCCCGUGUCGUACCGCAUCCCCAACAGCGACCUGAGAGCCUUGGAGCCGCCUCGCUUUUUGGGCUCGCACGUCGACCAGUCGCUGCCGUACUUUCCCAGCGCUUCCGUGGCAUAUGCCUCACACCUGGCCGCACCGCCCUCUUACGAUGUCAUUGGCAACUAUCAGUCAUACCAACAGCAGCCUUUUUUCUGUCCGCCGGCUACAUCGCAGCAUCACCAACAGCAGCAGAAUCAGAAUCAUCCCCAGCAGCAACAGCAGCAACAACACCAACCGCACCAACAACAACACCACCACCAGCAACAGAAACAACAACCACACCAACAGCAGCAGCAUCACCAACCGUACCAACAGCAGCAGCACCACCAACCACACCAACAACCACAUCAACAUCACCAACAACUCCACCAGUCACACCAACACCCCCAGGUUCGUCUCCCCGAAGCCGUCCCUCUGUCCGCUUCGCCCGAGCAUCAACCCAAGACUGUAAUCUAUUCCAGCCAUUCCAGCCACUCCAGCCACUCUAGCAAUUCCAGCUAUCAUGGCCAUCCCAGGCCACUUCCAGACACCCAGCCUCGCCUCCUCACCAACUAUCACCCCAACACCACACACAUCACCCCGGUUGUCCGACAUCCACCCUCGCCGACGAUCAAGAAAGAACAAGACUCGUCCACCAAAGAGGUCGAGUUUGCUACCGAAAUCGACGUCUUGAUGAAGGCUAUCCAGUCUCACGACGGCUCCGGCUCCGGCUCCUCAACCCCGGGCCCACAGCAGUUCUCGCCAGUCCAGCCCUAUCAGCAGAAUCCGUACGCAGUCAACGCGCCGCCGUACCAAUAUCCGCCUCAUCCUAGAGUUCCUGCAAGCUCGCCUGACAGAAUCCAGGAUCAGAGUCAAAAAGCAAAACGUAAACAUCAGUGCACUCUGCCCGAGUGUGGCAAGUUUUUCACCCAAAAGACGCACCUCGAUAUUCACAUGCGAGCCCACACGGGCGCCAAACCAUUUCAAUGCAAAGAGCCAUCAUGCGGGCAGCGUUUCUCGCAACUAGGCAACUUGAGGACCCAUGAGCGCAGACACACUGGCGAAAAACCCUAUUCGUGCGAGAUCUGCCACAAGAGAUUUGCCCAACGCGGCAAUGUCAGAGCCCACAAGAUCACGCACGAACAAGCCAAGCCAUUCACAUGUCAGCUAGACAAUUGCUGGAAACACUUUACCCAGCUAGGAAACCUCAAGUCCCAUCAAAACAAAUUCCACGCAACAACCCUCAGAAAUCUGACACUGCGGUUCGCCAAUGUCGACCCGGACGCGAUGACGCCAGACGACCGCAGUCUCUGGACAUACUUUGCCAGUCUGUACAAAAACAGCAACAAGGGCAUCAAGGGACGAGGCAAAGACCGCAAAAUCUCAUAUUCGACGGUUCUUCGCAGCAAGGAUCCGGACAUGAAGGAGCUGCCUCCCAGUGACGAUAGUAGCUACGAUGGCGGCGAAUACGACGACGAGCCUCACAAACGCUACAUCCAUGCGGGUCUGAUGCAUCAUCUGCAUCAUAAUCCAUACACCAAGAAAGAGCAAUGA